AGGGUGUGAUGUCAUAGCCAGCUCCACGCACCAGGGUGGGGCGGGGGCGGAGGCGAGGUGGUGGCCAAGCAGCAGCCAGCACUCCAUCAGCUAAGGACUCAUCCACCGGCGUCAUGGCUUCCUAAUAGUCGUGGGGGACUGAAUGAGAGCGAAAAACAAGCCCGCUUGUCUCCAAGGCCCUGACGCGCUAUAACCCUUUUCCCGCUGAACCAAGGAGGGGGGGCUUGCUCGCCCAAUAUAGAUUUUUUUUGUUUUUUUUUUAAUUAUUUGUCGAAAUUUGAGUGUUCAACUCCCCCCCGACGUUUGAAGGCAAGCACCGCGGUGGUGGAAGAUGGCCGAUCCGGCGGAGUGCACCAUCAAAGUGAUGUGCCGUUUUAGGCCUCUCAACAGCUCCGAGGUGACCAGAGGAGACCGAUACAUUCCCAAAUUCCAGGGGGAAGACACCGUUAUCAUCUCGAGCAAACCAUACAUGUUUGAUCGAGUCUUUCAGUCCAGCACAACACAGGAGCAAGUGUACAAUGCCUGUGCCCAAAAAAUCGUCAAAGAUGUUCUUGAAGGAUACAAUGGGACAAUAUUUGCAUAUGGCCAGACGUCCUCUGGGAAAACACACACCAUGGAGGGGAAUCUCCACGACACAGACUCCAUGGGCAUUAUCCCUAGGAUAGUGCAGGACAUCUUCAACUACAUCUACUCCAUGGAUGAAAACCUGGAGUUUCACAUCAAAGUUUCCUAUUUUGAAAUUUACUUAGAUAAGAUCCGGGACCUGUUGGAUGUGUCAAAGACCAAUCUUUCAGUGCACGAAGACAAAAACAGAGUACCCUAUGUGAAGGGCUGCACUGAGCGCUUUGUUUGCAGUCCAGACGAGGUCAUGGAUACCAUUGACGAAGGAAAAUCCAACAGACAUGUAGCAGUCACUAACAUGAACGAGCACAGCUCCAGGAGUCAUAGCAUCUUCCUGAUCAAUGUCAAGCAGGAGAACACCCAAACAGAGCAGAAGUUAAGCGGGAAACUGUACCUGGUGGAUCUGGCCGGUAGUGAAAAGGUCAGCAAAACUGGAGCGGAGGGAGCUGUAUUGGAUGAAGCCAAGAACAUCAAUAAGUCGCUGUCAUCCCUUGGGAACGUCAUCUCCGCUCUGGCUGAAGGAACUGCCUACAUCCCAUAUCGAGACAGCAAGAUGACGCGUAUCCUUCAAGAUUCACUGGGUGGCAACUGUCGCACCACUAUCGUCAUAUGUUGCUCGCCCUCCUCCUAUAACGAGGCUGAAACCAAAUCAACCCUCAUGUUUGGACAAAGAGCAAAAACCAUCAAGAACACAGUGACUGUCAACGUGGAGUUGACGGCGGAACAGUGGAAGCAGAAGUAUGAGCGGGAGAAGGAAAAGAACAAGACCCUGAGAAACACUGUCACCUGGUUGGAGAAUGAACUCAAUCGCUGGAGGAACGGCGAGAGUGUGCCGCUGGAGGAGCAGUUCGACAAGGAGAAGGCCAACGCCGAGGUGUUGGCAUUGGACAACAUUCUUAACGACAAGCCGGCGUCCACGCCCAACGUGCCUGGCGUGCGCUUAACUGACGUGGAAAAGGACAAGUGUGAGGCUGAACUGUCUAAGCUGUACAAGCAGCUGGAUGACAAGGAUGAAGAGAUCAACCAGCAGAGCCAGCUGGCCGAGAAGCUAAAACAGCAGAUGUUGGACCAGGAAGAGCUGCUGGUAUCGUCACGCCGCGACCACGAGAACCUCCAAGCAGAGCUCAACCGCCUGCAAGCUGAGAAUGAAGCCUCCAAGGAGGAGGUGAAGGAGGUACUUCAGGCUCUCGAGGAGUUGGCAGUCAACUACGAUCAGAAGAGCCAGGAGGUGGAGGACAAGACCAAGGAGUUUGAGGUCAUCAGUGAGGAGCUCUGCCAGAAAUCGUCUCUGCUGUCAUCUGUGGACUCUGAGCUCCAGAAGCUGAAGGAGAUGUCCAACCACCAGAAAAAGAGGGUUACAGAGAUGAUGUCGUCACUUCUCAAAGACUUGUCCGAGAUUGGCAUUGCCGUGGGCAGCAACGACAUGAAGCAGCAUGACGGGGGCAGUGGCCUGAUCGACGAGGAUUUCACGGUGGCUCGUCUGUACAUCAGCAAGAUGAAGUCGGAGGUCAAGAGCAUGGUGAAGCGGUGCAAACAGCUUGAGGGCACCCAGUCAGAAAGUAACAAGAAGAUUGAUGAGAACGAGAAGGAACUUGCCGCGUGCCAGCUGCGCAUCUCACAGCACGAGGCCAAGAUCAAGUCCCUGACAGAGUACCUUCAAAAUGUGGAGCACAAGAAAAGGCAGCUAGAGGAGAAUGUGGACUCUCUCAACGAAGAGCUGGUCAAACUUAGCGCACAGGAGAAAGUCCAUGCCAUGGAGAAGGAGAAUGAGAUCCAGACUGCCAACGAAGUCAAGGAAGCUGUGGAGAAGCAGAUCCACUCUCACCGCGAGGCUCACCAGAAACAGAUCAGCAGCCUGAGGGAUGAGCUGGACAACAAAAAGCAACUCAUCACUGAGCUGCAGGAUUUGAACCAGAAGAUCAUGCUGGAGCAAGAGAGGCUGCGAGUGGAGCAUGAGAAACUCAAGUCCACCGACCAGGAUAAGAGCCGCAAGCUGCAUGAGCUCACGGUGAUGCAGGACAGGCGGGAGCAGGCCAGGCAGGACCUAAAGGGUCUGGAGGAGACAGUGGCAAAAGAACUGCAGACACUGCACAACCUGAGGAAACUCUUUGUCCAAGAUUUGGCCACACGUGUGAAAAAGAGUGCCGAGAUGGACUCUGAUGACACUGGGGGCAGUGCGGCCCAGAAGCAGAAAAUAUCCUUUCUUGAAAACAAUCUUGAGCAGCUCACCAAGGUUCACAAACAGCUGGUACGUGACAAUGCAGACCUUCGGUGUGAGCUUCCAAAACUGGAGAAGCGCCUUCGUGCUACGGCUGAGCGGGUCAAGGCCCUUGAGUCUGCACUAAAGGAAGCCAAAGAGAACGCUGCACGUGACCGCAAGCGCUACCAACAGGAGGUGGACCGCAUCAAGGAGGCCGUAAGGGCCAAGAAUAUGGCCAGGCGGGGGCACUCGGCCCAGAUAGCUAAGCCCAUCCGGCCUGGGCAGCAGCCUGUGGCAUCUCCCACGCACCCCAACAUCAACCGCAGUGGAGGAGGUUUCUACCAGAACAGCCAGACAGUGUCAAUCAGAGGUGGCGGUUCCGCCAAGACUGACAAAAAUUGAAAAAAAGCACGAAAGACGAAGGCUGGCACCACAGAAGAAGCUGAUAUCAUCCAACAUCCCCCCCCUCUCCUCUAAUUCCCCUCACCGCCCCCCCUUGGCCCUGUCAUUCCUCUACAGCUUCACAGUCGCCCAGGAGUGAGUGACCAGAUUAUAAAUAUAUAUAAAUAUAAAUAUUCCUGGCUGUACAGCUCUGAACCGCUUACAUACCUGUCAUCACAGAAAAAGACGAUAGAACAACACGAGCUACUAAAAAUAAGAUAUCCAAACAAACAGCUGCAGCAGCCUUGGCCAGCAAAAGCUGCACGCGACCUGAAUGUGUAGCUUUCCCUUUUUUUUUUUUUUUUUUAAAGCACUCGUCUGUCCUAAAGUAGUUGAGCACUGCAGCCUCACCACCACCACCCCGAGCUGAAUGUAAUGCUAAUAUAAUAAGUAAUAAAAGACAAAAAAAAAAAAAAAGCCGGACAUAGCUUUGUAGGUGAAAUCGAGCUCUGUACAUUUACAUGUUUGCUCACUUUCUCAAUGUAGAUUCUUUAAAAGGAUGACAUCAUUCGAUACAUAUGUGCGUCUGUGUGUGUAUCACAUGCUGUUUAUACUAAUGCAGGGUGGGCCAAAUGGUCAGUAGAUGCAUUUCAAAAUGUUUUCAUUUUAUUAGAUUUACAGGUUAUAUCCUGGCAUCCUAUCCUUCCUUUUUAUCCAUCCAUUCUAUCUUCUAUCCUUCCUUGGUUUGAACAUACUUUUCUGCCAUUCAUCCUUCCUCUUUCAUACACCCAUUUACUUCCUUUUACCAUCCUCUCAUCCUGAGAUCCCGUCUUUCUUGCUAUAGCCUACCCCGCUCCCCUCAUUCUUCCCUCAUGUCACUUUCCUCAUAACUCCCUUGUUUCCUACAUCUAUCCUUCCUCCCUUUUUGCAUCCCAUCUUCCUUGAUUCCACAUUGUCCCUCCUCAUUCUCUGCCUUUAGUCCAUAUUUCCUUCUAACAUACCUUAUUGCCGCCCUACUUUCCUUCUAAUGGUAUUCCAUCACUGUUCCCUUCCUUGCAUCAUCUUAACUUCCAUUUCCUCCCUCCAUCCCUUCCAUAUAUUCCCUUAGUCUUUCCUUGCUUUCAUCACAGUGUUGUCUUGCAUCCAUCCUAAUUUCCAUAGUUCUCUCUUCCUCCAGUAAGUGAAUUCAAAAUGAGUAUCUGCCUCCUUUUGUCCCAUCUUGCUUAUAAAACACAUGAAAGUUUGGCGCUAGUGACUCCUCACACUACUGGCGUGCAUCUUUAUCGUUGUACAGAGAUUGUCCAAAUUUUGUCAGCGCACCACUCACUUCCUGCUCACAUGGCGGUGGAGGAGGAGGAAGGAAAAAAAAUAAAAACAAAAAGCCAAGACGUGCAAGCCUGUACUGUAGAUGUAUUGAACUGGACACCUAUGGAGGCCAAUUGUUUUUAUGGUUAACUUAAAGCUGUAUACUCGUUGUCACAGAACGGAAAAGGAACUGAUGCCGAUGAUUCAGGCCAUGCUUUUUCAGGCCCUCUACGCUAACUUUGUAAAGCUAUGUGUGUGUUUUUACCCAUCUUGACGAAUAUUUAUAGCCACCUCGGCUGUUUUGUUCUCCCCAUACGUCUCGCCUGCCUAUAUACUUCUGUGCUCCUUUGACUGCUUUGAAUGUGUCCCGUAGUCCUUACGUGCAUACUAGAGGACGGCUGGUGAUCUGAUGGUCAGAAAAAAGCAAGAACGAAACACAAGCCGUCGGAAAGAUAUAUUUAAUUCAAUAAAAAGUUGUAGGAUUUUCUUUUUUAUUACAGCUGAUUUUGGGUUAUGUUGUGUGCAGCCCCCCCCCCUUCUUUUCUGUGCCCAGUGAAGCCCCAGAGCAUUGUUACAGAGGACUAUUAAACUCACACUAAAAGGAAAACAAGAAAUGCAUAACUAUUAAAGUUGUAAUCUUGUGAGAAUAAAGACCUAUUUAAAAUACA